UUCAAAAUAACAAAAAUAACAUUUUCCAAUGGAGGAGAAAAUAAGUGCUUUGAAGGAAUUUACACUCUUUGGAUCUUCGAAAAAGAACUCUAACACAGACAACCUAAAUACAAAUCACGCUCCAAGCAGCCCUACAUCUCAAAAUGGACAGUGGGGAUAUUGCUUURAUAGCAAACCUGAAGAGGAUCCUUAUUUACCAAGUCUGUCAAAGAGACAAAGGAUAAUUGGGUUUUUCAUGUGCUUAUUAAUGGGAGUAUUCUGCUUCGUGAUGGCAGGUUUUAUUGCACCAUUUAUAGUGCUCAAAGCAAGAAAAUUUGUAAUGCUGUAUACUAUGGGGAGUUUAUUUACUAUUGGAAGUUUUUCUUUGCUUUGGGGUCCUGUGAAUCAUGUAAAACAUCUUUGUUCACUUGGGAGAUUACCAUUUACGGCAGCAUACUUUGGAUCUAUGUUGAUUACACUGUACAUGGCUUUAUUUGUUAAAAGUACGAUACUGACAAUUCUUUUUGCUGUCAUACAAAUGGUUUCCUUAGUAUGGUAUUUUGUGAGUUAUAUCCCAGGAGGCACACGAGGAAUGCACUUUUUUACAAGAUUAUUCUCAUCGGCUGUAACGAGGACUGUGUCUAAUACCCUGCCUGUGUAGUAGAUUAUCAGAUGAUUGACAAAAUUAUUGUUGUUACAUGACACACAUACAUGUAAACCUAUAUGUCUACAUAAUCUCUCUAGUGGCAGGCAUGGAUCUCACCAUUUUUUUUUUAGCAUCAAAGAACAUAAUUUUACUUGGUAAAAUAAGAAAAAAUGCUAUUCUUUUCCAUAAAGCUUAGGCACCUAUUAAUUUGAAAAGCCUCGGAUAUAAUUUUCAUGCAGGUAGAAAAAGGCCGGGUGUGACACAUAUUCAUACAACUAAAAAUAUGUGUGUGUAUGUAAGCUUGUUUCCAGUUUGUUGUGGGGGAGGGGGGCGGAGGGUCGGAAAAAUUAAAAAAGCACAUCAGGAACAGGGGGGAUUACGGAAUAGGAUUGAUGGUAUACCUAAUUUUUUGCACAAGCCCCCUUCCCCUAAACAAUGACUUGUCUCUAAAGUAUCAGUCAGCUGAUCAACCCCCACUACAUGAAUUAUGAAUUCUUCUUUUUGGGUUUUAAUGUAAUGUAGAGUAUAUUAUAUUUAAACAAAAGAUGUGUCACUCAUAAAUGUCAAACUUGUUUGACCAACCACUACAUUAUAUUUGAACAGUCAAGACAAAUAUAUUUGUAAAUAUUAAGUACACGCGGAAUAUCAAGAAUAGAAGAAAAAUAAAUAAAAUGCAUUGAAUAUA